GGCAGUGGAGGUUGAGACUUGAGAAAGACUAGUAGAUGGUGUUAUUUAUUAUUAAAAAGGAAAAAUUACUAGCUUAGUGUAUAGUUGAAGAAAAGUAGGGUGGUGUCUUUAUUUAGAUGAAUAAAUUAUGUAAAAGAAGAGUCUAAAGAAGCUAAACACAGAUACUUCCCCUUAUAAAUUCCUCAUUAUUUUCUCAACUCAACUCAUCUCACACUUUUUGAUAUUCUUCUUCUGUUUUUUUGUUUUGUUUCCUGUGUGUUUGCAUUUUUGUGAUAGUGAAGCUGGGAAAUUCGGAUCAGUAAUGGGGAAGAAGCCAAGAAUUGUGAUAAUUGGGGCUGGAAUGGCUGGGCUUACUGCUGCUAAUAAACUUUACACUUGUGCAAGCUCAAAAGACUUGUUUGAGCUAUGUGUUGUUGAAGGUGGAGCAAGAAUUGGCGGCAGAAUCAACACUUCAGAGUUCUGUGGUGACAGAAUUGAGAUGGGUGCAACAUGGAUUCAUGGCAUUGGAGGCAGCCCAAUUUAUAAAAUUUCUCAGGAAAUCCAUUCACUUGAGUCUCAACAGCCAUGGGAGCACAUGGAUGGUUUCUCUGCAGAAACAAAAAAGGUAGCUGAAGGAGGUUUUGAGCUUAAUCCAUCCGUUUUUGACCCUGUUUCCACUCUUUUUAAUAGCCUCUUAAAUUUUGCUCAGCACAAGCUUGACCAACCUUCAACAUGUGAGAAAUUUGACUACUACAAUCUUGCUGUUAAAGCUUUGAAGAUUUGUAAAAACAAUAGUAGGCUUGGUGAAGUUAGUGUUGGCUCUUUUCUCAGACAAGGGCUUAAAUCUUUUUGGGAUUGUGUUAAAGAUCAAGAGGAGCUCAAAGGGUAUGGCACUUGGAGUAGAAAGUUGCUUGAAGAAGCCAUUUUUGCAAUGCAUGAAGACACCCAGAGGGCAGAUACUUCUGCUGGCGAUUUGUUCACCCUAGAUUUCAAUGCAGAAAGUGAGUACCAAAUGUUCCCAGAUGAAGAAAUCACCAUUGCUAAAGGUUACAUGAGCAUAAUUGAACAUCUAGCUUCUGUUCUCCCUCCUGGUUUGAUCCAAUUAGGCCGAAAAGUUUCCACCAUUGAGUGGCAAUCGGAAGGGAACAAGUCAAUACAGAUGGAAAAUGGCCACCCUUUAAGGCCAGUAAAGCUACAUUUUUGCGAUGGAUCUGCCAUGUUAGCUGAUCAUGUUAUUGUCACAGUUUCAUUGGGGGUACUUAAAGCUGGAAUUCACCAAGAUUCUGGCACAUUCAAGUUUACCCCCCCUCUUCCAUCUUUCAAGACUGAGGCAAUUUCAAGACUAGGAUAUGGGGUUGUUAACAAGUUGUUUCUUCAAGUGAGUCCGUCAAAUGAAUAUGAUGUCAUCAAAGGCAGCAGCAGCUUCCCAUUUCUGCAUAUGGCAUUUCAUAGAUCAGACUCGGAGUUGAGAAAUGAAAAAAUCCCCUGGUGGAUGAGAAGGACAGCUUCUAUGUGCCCAAUUUACAAGAAAUCAAAUGUGUUACGCUCUUGGUUUGUAGGGAAAGAAGCUCUUGAGCUUGAAUCACUGACUGAUGAAGAGAUUAUAGAUGGAGUUUCAACAACAAUCUCCAGCUUUCUGCCUCAACCCCACAAGAAAGAAGACUCUAAUUCACGUAAAUUAUGCAAUGGGAAUCAUGUGGAAAACACUGAAGUGAAAUUCACGAAAGUUUUGAGGACCAAAUGGGGCAAUGACCCUUUAUUCUUGGGAUCAUAUAGUUAUGUUGCAGUUGGCUCGAGUGGUGAAGAUUUAGACACCAUAGCUAAACCAUUGCCAGAAAAUAUUUGCAGCAGCUGUGAGUCUACUGGGUUUGUUCCUCCACUGCAAAUUCUCUUUGCAGGAGAGGCAACUCACAGAACCCAUUAUUCUACAACUCAUGGUGCCUAUUUUAGUGGCCUUAGAGAAGCCAAUAGGCUUCUACAACAUUACCACUGUGAGGAGAUUUAGGAUACUUUAUUAGCAGCUUGCUUUAUUAUUAUUAUUAUUAUUAUCAUGAUCAAUAUUUUUAUUAUUUUUAACACCUA